AUGAAUGCUGAAACGGCAACCAGCGAAAGAGCGGCUCCAAAGGCUUGCAGCAUUGAAAAUCGUCUCUUGAGAAGCAAUGCAGAGAAGAUCAUGGAAAAGGGUGUCGAGAGUGACAAUAGCAACACCACGUGGAAAAUUGAGAGAUGUCUGAAAGAGCGGACGACCAGAAAUGUUGCGCUGCAAUCCAGCAAUGCUGCAGCCAGAUGUUUCCAGAUAUCUGUUCGGUUAAGGGCAGACAUGUGGGGCGAACAGACCCCCAUCAAACGAUCCUCACAGCUUGCCAAGGUUUCACCAUCUUUACCCUUUUCGCUACACGUGCUCUUUCUCCGCAGAAAGAAGAAAAAAGGGCAGCUGACGAGAAAAAUGCCUAUGUAUGCAAUGAGAGGUUGUAUGCCUGAAAGGUCGACCAGCAGCCUUUUGUUGAGCACCUCAGAAAAGAGCUGA